AUGGCCACUCUCAAAUCUGCCCUCCUUGCAUCAGCAAUCGCACAAAAUUACUCUGCCUAUGAUCAAUUAUUAUCUCUAUCGUCACCUUCAGAUUCGAUUGCAUUCUGGGAUGACGUUGUCCUUACUGCAAGCAAUGAACAUCAAAAGGGCGUUUAUGAGAGGAAAAUUGCCGAGUUGGCUGAGGAGAAUCAAAUACCCGGCUGGGUUAGGUUUCAUGUCGUAGACGAUCCACCUCGGUAUAAAAUAGGAAGCGGUGGGUCUACCCUGUUGGUACUAAAAUAUCUUGAUGAUAUCUAUGGAUCGGACCUUGAUUCGAGGAAAAUUCUUUUAAUUCAUGCUGGUGGCUAUUCAACGCGAUUGCCUCAUGUCAGUCCAAUCGGAAAAAUCUUCUUGAACUUGCCCGCGUUCGGCGGACCAAAGAACUGCAUGCCAAUGUUAGUGCUGAAAUUGAUAAUGUAUAUUGGCCUAAUUAGACACUUGUCGCCUGGCGUAUUUCUCACAAGUGCAGACACUAUUGAACUAAUAGCUAUGCCUGAAAAUGGGUUCACAAUUUCAAGCCCUGGCUUUAUUGCUUUGGCGCAUCCGUCCUCAUUGACUAUUGGAACAACCCAUGGUGUUUAUUGUAUAGAUGAUCCAAAAGGCGAGUGUACGGCCGAGGUGAACAAACUACCGGAAGAAAGAAGACCGAUUUUGAAGAAAUGUGAUAAAUUUUUGCAUAAACCGACAGUCAAGAAAAUGAGGGAGCAUGGUGCCAUAAUCGAGGAUCAGAACGGAGAGGAAUUCGUAUAUACGGACAGUGUCUAUUUCUUCGAUCACAAUUGUAGCAAAGUGUUGCUGAAGAUAUUAUCCCAAAUCCAACCGCUUACAUAUGAAUUGGAAGCCUGGUCAGAUUUCCUCCCAUUUGGUGCACAUACGCCAUGUCCUCCUUCCGCGGAUUACUCUGUCCUUGCUGAUCCUCUCUCAAGGGCCCGUUCAACUAUACUCAGGACGCUUCAAACAUCAAACAUAUCCCUCUCUGUUCUAGUUUUGAACUCUUCCAAAUUCUACCAUAUAGGAACAAUGCAGGAAUACAUUGAAUGUUGUUGCAUCAAUGAGGAAUUCCAAACAGAAAUGCAAAUUCGAUUCAAAGGGAAUUUGAAAGGUGUUUGUGUGAUGGGAGGAAAUGAAGAUGCAUGGUCCGAGAAUUACCAGAAUUUUGUCGAAAGUGUACCUCCCGCAAUCUUGGAAAAUGUAAAGGUAGAAGAGGAAGGAGAACAUACAAGAAAUCAAGGGAGAAUCGGAUGUCAUUCAAUUCUAGUCAAUGUCAACUUGACACCAGGAGUGGAUAUACCUGAUUAUACAUGUAUGUUUACUAUGAAAUGCCAUAUUCCUUCACAACAAAAGCCUUUCGAAAAGCUUCCAACAGCUGUUUCCAAGUACGGCUAUGUGACAUUUAUCUUUUCCACAAAAGAUGACAUGAAAGCUUCACACUCAUUGGAGACUCUUGGGAUAUUUAAUAAUGUACCUGUAAACCGAGUUUUGCAUCCUAGUUGUGUUAUUAAUGAUACAGAUGAGAUUGCACUAUGGAAUUUACCCAUGUUUCCGAUAAUGGAGACAAAAGAAGAGUCUGUGAAAUGGGCAUUAUGGAUUAUUGAUAGAAUAGUAAGUUGGAAGGAUGGUACAAAAGCAGAAGAUGGUUUGGGGCGCGAAAAGCAAAUGAUUCAUUAUGCAAAGCCACUUGCAUUUGUGUCUUUGAAGAUGGGUGUGGAGCUGUUUGAAUAA